AUGUGGCCAAAUGACAGUCCCUAUCAGGGUGGAGUAAUUUUCUUGACAAUUCAUUGCCCAACAGACUGCCUCUUUAAACUACAUAAGGUUUCAUUUACAACAAAAAUUUACCAUCCAAAUAUUAACAGUAAUGGCAGCAUUUGUCUUGAUAUUCUACAAUCAUAGUUGUCUCCAGCACUAUUUUAAAAGUACUUUUGCCCAUCUGUUCUCUGUUGUUCAAUCACCAAUCCAGAUGAUUCUUUGGUGCCUGAGAUUGCUCAGAUCUACAAAACAGAUAGAGAAAAGUCCAACAGAAUAGAGCAGGAAUGGACUCAGGAGUAUGUGGUUUAA